CCGCGCCCGGCCCAGCCCCCCGCCACCCCCUCCGCCCGAAUGGUUUGCUCCGAGCGAGCGUCCUAUUUAAUCCCCGCGACUGCAGCAGCGCCAGCUCCCUCCAGUCCAGCCUCGGCCCCGGGCUGCCGCCGCGGCUCCUGGGCGCCCUCCGGUCGGCGGCGUCGCUGUCCCCCAGCCCGGUGGGUGCCAGCCUCCGGGGACCCGCCGCCCGCGCCCCGCGGGGAGCCUCCGCCGGCGCCAUGGGGGCCCCCUCGGCCCUGGCCCUGCUCCUGCUGAGCGCCUGCUGCGGGACGCCGGGCUGGGCCAACCUCUCCCAGGAAGGCUACUGGCAGGAGCAGGAUUUGGAGCUGGGAACUCUGGCUCCACUCGACGAGGCCAUCAGCUCCACACUCUGGAGCACUCCUGACAUGCUGGUCAGUCAAGACAGUCAGCCCUGGACAUCUGAUGAGACAGUGGUGGCUGGUGGCAUGGUGAAGCUCAGGUGCCAAGUGAAAGACCAUGAGGACUCCUCCCUGCAGUGGUCUAACCCUGCCCAGCAGACGCUGUACUUCGGGGAGAAGAGAGCCCUGCGAGAUAAUCGGAUUCAGCUGGUGAAGUCCACGCCCCAUGAGCUCAGCAUUAGCAUCAGCAACGUGGCCCUGGCGGACGAGGGCGAGUACACCUGCUCCAUCUUCACUAUGCCUGUGAGAACUGCCAAGUCCCUCAUCACUGUGCUGGGAAUCCCACAGAAGCCCAUCAUCACUGGUUACAAGUCACCGUUACGGGAAAAGGAUACGACCACCCUACACUGUCAGUCUUCUGGGAGCAAACCCGCAGCCCAGCUCACCUGGCGGAAGGGGGAUCAAGAGCUUAAUGGAGAACCAACCCGAAUACAGGAGGACUCCAAUGGCAAAACCUUCACCGUGAGCAGCUCAGUGACGUUCACGGUAACUCGGGAGGAUGAUGGGACCGACAUCACAUGCUCUGUGAACCACGAAUCUCUAGAUGGAGCUGACAGAUCCACCUCUCAGCGCAUUGAAGUUUUAUACACACCAACUGCGAAGAUCAGGCCGGACCCUCCGCAUCCCCGAGAGGGCCAGAAGCUGCUGCUGCACUGCGAGGGGCGAGGAAACCCCGUCCCCCAGAAGUACAUGUGGGAGAAGGAGGGCAGCGGGCCGCCCCUGAAGAUCACCCAGGAGAGCGCCCUGAUCUUCCCUUUCCUCAACAAGAGCGACAGCGGCACGUACGGCUGCACGGCCAUCAGCAACCUGGGCAGCUACAAGGCCUACUACACUCUCAACGUGAACGACCCCAGUCCGGUGCCCUCCUCCACCAGCACCUACCACGCCAUCAUUGGUGGGAUCGUGGCGUUCAUUGUCUUUCUGCUGCUCAUCCUGUUCAUCUUCCUGGGCCACUACUUGAUUCGGCACAAAGGAACGUACCUGACACACGAAGCGAAAGGCUCCGACGACGCGCCAGACGCGGACACAGCCAUCAUCAACGCGGAAGGCGGGCAGUCGGGCGGGGAUGACAAGAAGGAGUAUUUCAUCUAGCGCCGCUCGCCCUGCGCCCGCCGGGGCCCCACGGGGACUUCUGGGGCCACGACCAACUCGGACUUGUACAGAGCCACCCGGGGCGCCCUCCCGCUUGCUCCCCAGCCCCCACCCCUGUACAGAAUGUCUGCUUUGGGUGCGGUUUUGUACUCGGUUUGGAAUGGGGAGGGAGGGGUGGGGAGGGAGGGCUGUCCUCAGCCCUUUCCUUGGCUUCUCUGCAUUUGGGUUAUUAUUAUUUUUGUAACAACCCCAAAUCAAACCUGUCUCCGGGCUGGAGGGGCAGGGGCCCUGGGGCAAGAGGAGCAAAGCCCCUGAGCUUUAGGAGGAGGAGGAGGAGGAGGGCGGGGAAGAGGUAAGGACAGGAUGGGGCAGGCUGGUUUAUGGGGGGCAGGGGGCUGGCACCAGCCCUCGGUCCUCUGCACAGAGCAGCUGCCUGGACUUCCCUGGGCCGGGAGGUUGUGAGCAGAGCGGGAGGUGGACGGAGACAGUGCUCCCUGCUCUCCGGUCCCUGAGGAGGGCGGCCUGCAGGUGGCAGGCAGAGGCCCAGGGCGUCCACACGGGGAGGACGUGGUCCCCGUCCGGGAGGAUGGGUUUGGAGAGACAGGAUGUGAGAUGGCCCACCUCCCCUUGCCCCCCGGAUGUAGGAAGCAGGCCCUUUGCACAGGAGCCGCCCGUGGAGUCGCAGGGCCAGGCGGCCCCUCGUGGCUCCAGCAGCCGUGGGAAGGCCCCUGCCUGCUCCCCUUGCCCAAGGGCCCUCACUGCCCCAGCCCUGGGCUAUUGCUGGGCAACCACUCCUCCUAUGGCAUUGUUUACCAUCCCCUCCUCCCGCCCUGCCCUGCCCCUCCCAGGCCUACACUGCCCCUCAGCCCGUCCCCCCUCCCAGCAGCCAGGCAGAUAUAACCACACAAGCACUAAGAGGAGCUUCGCUGCACUGAGCUGUUUCCUGCCCAAACAAAGAAGAUAAUGUGAACUUUG